AUGCUGCCGCUGCUGCUGCGGGCGCCCGGCGCUCGGGCCGCGCUCCGCUCGGUCCCCGCUGCGCUGCGGCCGCCGUCGGCCCCGGGGCGCAGUUUCAGGUAUGGACGGGGGCACCUGGGCCUCACCAGCCCCCUGCCCCCCUGCCCCCGGCUGCCAGCCCGGCGCUGCCUGCUCCUGGCCGGCCCGACCGCGGGCUGCGUGGUGCUGGGCUUGCUGGGCACGGCCGCGCGCUGCCAGGAGGCUGCCGCCCCCGUCUCCCCCGUCCCGGUGUCCCCUGAGCCCACACAGCCCCGGCCGGAGCCCGCCUUCGACUGGCCGACAUUCUGGACCUUCUUGCGGCCGCAGCUGCUGGCGCUCUCGGCAGCCGUGGUGCUGGCGCUGGGCGCAGCCCUGCUGAACGUCCGCAUCCCGGUGCUGCUGGGGCAGCUGGUGAACGUGGUGGCCGGCUGCGCCCGCGGCCGCGUCACUGCCUACCUGCAGGAGGCCCGGCGCCCGGCCCUGCGCCUGCUCACUGUCUAUGGCUUGCAGGGGCUGCUGACGUUCGGCUACAUCGCGCUGCUGGCGCGGGUGGGCGAGCGCGUCGCGGGCAGCAUGCGCAAGGCGCUCUUCGUCUCCCUCCUCCGGCAGGACGUGGCGUUCUUCGACGCCAGCCGUACGGGGCAGCUGGUGAACCGGCUGACGGCCGACAUCCAGGAGUUCAAGUCCUCGUUCAAGCUGGCUGUGUCCCAGGGCCUGCGCAGUGGCACGCAGACGGUCGGCUGCUUCGUCUCGCUCUACCUGCUCUCGCCCAAGCUGACCGGGCUGCUGCUCGUGGCGCUGCCGGCGCUGGUGGCUGCCGGGGCCGUCAUCGGCAGCGGCCUCCGCAGCCUGUCCCGCCAGGCACAGGAGCAGGUGGCCAAAGCCACGGUGGUGGCUGACGAGGUGCUGGGAAAUGUCCGGACCGUGCGUGCCUUUGCCAUGGAGGACCGGCAGGCGGGGCUGUACUGUGCCGAGGUGGACCGUGCCGGCUGGCUGAACGAGCGGCUGGGGCUCGGCAUCGCCGCCUUCCAGGGGCUCUCCAACCUGGCACUCAAUGGCAUCGUGCUGGGCACCAUCUUUGUGGGCGGCUCACUGAUGGCGGGGGACAAGCUCUCACCGGGAGACCUCAUGUCCUUCCUGGUGGCCUCGCAGACAGUGCAAAGGUCCCUGGCCAACAUCUCCAUCCUGCUAGGGCAGGUGGUGCGAGGUCUGAGCGCUGGCGCGCGCGUCUUUGAGCUGCUGAUGCUGGAGCCCAGCGUGGGGCUGCGGGGAGGGGGCUCCAUCCCCAGCCACUCCCUGCUGGGACACAUCUGCUUCCACCAUGUCUCCUUCAGUUAUCCCACCCGGCCCAGCUACUUGGUCCUGCGGGACUUCACCCUCACUCUGCCCCCCUGCAAGACAGUGGCCAUCGUGGGACCAUCUGGAGGAGGGAAGUCAACGGUGGCAGCGCUGCUGGAGCGCUUCUAUGAGCCCACGCAGGGAACCAUCACCCUGGACGGCCACGACAUCUCCUCCCUGGACCCCUCGUGGCUGCGGGGCCAGGUCAUCGGCUUCAUCAGCCAGGAGCCGGUGCUCUUCGGAACAACCAUCAUGGAGAACAUCCGCUUCGGGAAGCCAGGAGCCUCGGACGCCGAGGUGUUCGCCGCGGCACAGCUUGCCAACGCCGACAGCUUCAUCCGCAGCUUCCCCCAGGGCUAUGACACCGUGGUGGGUGAGCGCGGCGCGGCGCUCUCGGGGGGGCAGAAGCAGCGCAUCGCCAUCGCCCGCGCCCUGCUGAAGGACCCCGCCGUCCUCAUCCUGGACGAGGCCACCAGCGCGCUGGACGCCCAGGCUGAGAAGGUGGUGCAGGAGGCCCUGGACCGCGCUGCCGCGGGCCGCACGGUGCUGGUCAUCGCACACCGCCUCAGCACCAUCCGCCACGCCGAUCUCAUCGUGGUGCUGGCGCAGGGCCGUGUGGCCGAGGCCGGGACCCACGAGGAGCUGCUGCGGCGGGGGGGGCUCUACGCCGAACUCAUCCGCCGGCAGACCAAGGAUGGAUCCUGAGUGGGGGGCAGAGCGGGGAGGGGGCUGUUCCCACUCCUAUUGCUCCCCAAUAAACCAGGCAUG